AUGGCCUGGUUUGCCCUCUAUCUCCUGAGUCGUCUCUGGGCUGUGGCUGGGACCAGCAACCAGAGCCAAAGUUCAUGCUCUGUUCCCUCUGCCCAGCAGUCCUUGGUCAACAACAUCCAGGUUCUCAUGGAGAGCUCUGUGACCUCGUCAGCCUUCCCAAACCCCAGCAUCCUCAUUGCCAUGAACCUGGCUGGAGCCUACAACCUGGAGGCACAGAAGCUCCUCACUUACAAGCUCAUGAGUAGUGACACCAAUGAUCUAACCAUCGGUCAACUCGCCCUCACUGUUCUAGCCCUCACCUCCUCCUGUCGAGACCCUGGGGACAGUUUAUCGCUUCUACAAAGAGAAAUGGAGAACUGGGCACCUUCAAGCCCUAGUGCUGAAGCUACAUCCUUCUACGGGCCCAGUUUGGCAAUCUUGGCACUGUGCCAGAAGAACCCCGAGACCACUUUGCCAAUAGCAGCCCGAUUUGCCAAGUCCCUGCUGGUUAAUCCCUCUCCUUUCAAUAUGGACACAGGAGCCAUAGCAACCUUGGCUUUGACCUGUAUGUAUAACAAGAUCCCUGUAGGAUCAGAUGAAAGUUAUAGAGCCCUGUUCGGUCAAGUACUAAAGCACAUUGUGGAAGAUAUCAGCAUAAGAAUCAAAGACAAUGGCAUAAUCGGAGACAUCUACAGUACUGGCCUUGCCAUGCAGGCUCUCUCUGUCACACCUGAGAGACCAAACAAGGAGUGGGACUGCAGGAAGACCAUGAAUACAGUACUGACUGAGAUCAAGGAGGGGAAAUUCCACAACCCCAUGGCCAUUGCCCAAAUCCUCCCUUCUCUGAAGGGCAAGACAUACCUAGAUGUGCCCCACGUGGUAUGUGGUCCUGAUCAUGAGGUGCAGCCAACUCUACCCAGCCUUCCUAGCCCUGGCCCCACGUCAGCAUCCAGCAUCACGGUCAUAUACACCAUAAAUAACCAGCUAAGAGGGGUGGACCUGCUCUUCAAUGUGACCAUCGAUGUCACAGUGAAGAGGGGAUCUGUGCUACUUCUUGUGCUGGAAGAAGCCCAGAGAAAAAGUCCCAUGUUCAAAUUUGAAACCACAAUGACAUCCUGGGGCCUUGUUGUCUCUUCUAUCAAUGAUAUCGCUGAAAACGUUAAUCACAAGACAUACUGGCAAUUCCUUAGUGGCAAAACACCUUUGAAUGAAGGUAUUGCUGACUAUGUACCCUUCAACCAGGAGCACAUCACAGCCAACUUCACACAGUACUAA